AUGACUGCCAAUUCCAAGCGUGGAAGCAUCGAGCAAAAGCCUGAAGACAACUUUGUCGAAAUGUCUGUUGCUGAUGCAGCUGAGAAGCCUGGUGUCCUUGUUGACCCAGAGGCGGAUUACUCUGGUGCGGUGAAGAAGACGGAUCCGGCUGAGAUUCGCCUUGUUCGCAAGCUGGACUUUCGCAUCAUGCCUACUCUCUGGGCGAUGUACUUCCUCAACUACCUUGAUCGAAAUGCUAUUGCCCAGGCGCGCUUGAACGGUCUCGAAGAUCACCUUGGCCUCAAGGGAACACAGUACAACACGUGUAUCUCGAUCCUUUUCGUCGGCUACUUGCUCAUGCAGAUCCCAUCCAACAUGCUCAUCUCCUCGAAACGCGUCCGUCCCUCGCUGUACAUGUCAAUCUGCAUGAUGGGCUGGGCCAUCGUAUCUGCCUGCACCGCCCUCGUCAAAGACUACAAAGGUCUCGUCGUCGUUCGAUUCUUCCUCGGUGUCGCCGAAGCCCCCUUUUAUCCCGGAGCCCUUUACCUUCUGGCAAUCUUCUACACACGAAAAGAGAUUGCUACGCGACUGUCGAUCUUAUACUCAGGCAACAUCUUCGCGACGUCCUUUUCCGGUUUGAUCGCCGCGGCAACAUUUGGCACGAUCGAUGGGCAUCACGGACUCAAAGGAUGGCAAUGGCUUUUCAUCAUCGAAGGUGUCUUGACAUUUGCAGUCGGCAUCAUCGGAAUCUUCACUCUGGCUGACAGUCCCUUAACGACUCGGUGGUUGACCGAAGAGGAGCGACAACUUGCACAUGAUCGAAUGCUGCGCGAUACUGUUGGUCUGGAGGAGAGCAAGGGAGCUCGAGCUGGAUUUUUCCAAGCUAUCCGUGAUCCUCGUCUGUGGCUCUUCUGCUUCAUCCAGAACAUGCAUCUCUCUGCUUGUUCCUUCAACAACUUCUUCCCUACCGUUGUAGGCUCUCUUGGCUUCAAUAGCACCAUCACUCUGGUUCUGACUUGCCCGCCCUACCUCGUCUCUGGUUUCUUUGGGUACCUUGCAGGAUGGUCUUCGGGCCGGUUCAACGAGCGUACUUGGCACAUUACUGCCUGUAUGAGCAUGGCACUCGUCGGAUACAUCAUCUCCUGUGUGACGCUGAAUACACCUGCCCGAUACAUCGCUUGUUUCCUGUUUGCCAGCGGUGCAUAUGCAGUCAACUCGAUGAUUCUUGGCUGGGUUUCCGCAACGCUUGGCUCGACAGCUGAGAAGAAGUCGGUCAGCUUGUCAAUCGUCAACGUCAUCGCUAACGCCUCGUACAUCUACACUGCGUAUCUGUACCCCAAGUCAGACGGCCCGCGAUAUCUGAUCGGAAUGGCAAGCAAUGCUGGAUUUGCAACUAUGUGUAUCGCGGGCGUUUGGGCUAUGAAGAUCUGGCUUGUUAAGACUAACAAGAAGCUCGAUCGGGAAGGAAACACAGGUGCUACACGAUACGCUUACUAG